AUGGCUUCCAAUGGACUGCCCACCAGGAAUGCCGGCGACUGGACGCCUGCGUCGUGGAGAGAAAAGCCGAUUGCCCAGGCGGUCGCAUACGGAGACGACCAUCGGGUGCAGAAAGCCAUCACCAAACUCCAACAUGUGCCGCCGCUCGUCACGCCGACCGAGAUCUGGACACUCCGGCGAGCGCUGAAGAACGUGGCGCUGGGAGACGCCUUCCUGCUCCAGGGAGGCGACUGCGCCGAACUUUUCGAAUACUGCCACGAUGAGAAGAUCGACUCCAAGAUCCGCCUCCUGCUCCAGAUGUCCCUCGUUCUCAUCUGGGGCGGCAAUAAGCCCUUGGUGCGGAUCGCGCGCAUGGCCGGCCAAUAUGCCAAGCCCCGAAGCAAGCCGACGGAAAUGGUCGACGGCGAGGAGAUUCCCAGCUACCGAGGCGAUAUCCUGAACAGCUACCAGCCGGACGACCGUCAACUCGAUCCCGACCGUCUCGUGCAGGCGUACUUCCACUCCGCGGCGACGCUGAACUACGUGCGUGCGCAGCUGGCUUCCGGGAUUGCGGACCUGCAUAGUCCGCUGGACUGGGGCCUGGGCCAUGUGCAGGACCCCCAGCUGCUGUCCAAGUACACGGCCAUUGUGGAGAGUAUCCACGCGAGCUUGCGCUUCAUGAAGACGGUCGGGGCGGAUACCGCGAGCCAGCUGCAGAGCGUCGAUCUGUUCACGAGCCAUGAAGCACUCCUGCUCGCCUACGAAGAAGGCCUGACGAGGAAGCUGAGGCAUCCGAAGAACCGCGAUGCGCCUCUCCUUUCAGACCUCCACCAUCCAGAUGCAGCCGUCUCCCAUCAAGCUCACACUCAAGCAGAGGAGGCCGGCUACUACAACACAAGCGCACACUUCAUCUGGAUAGGAGACCGCACGCGCCAAGUCGACCACGCGCACAUCGAAUACGCCCGAGGCGUGGAGAACCCGAUCGGCAUCAAGGUCGGGCCCACGACCACCGAAGAGGACCUCGCAGUCCUCCUCGACCUGGUCAAUCCGCGAAAGGAAAUCGGCAAGGUAACGCUCAUCCACCGCUACGGAAAAGACAAAAUCACCCCUCUCCUGCCCAAGCACAUCGAAGCCGUGCGCAAGACGGGUCACACGGUCGUCUGGCAAUGCGAUCCCAUGCACGGGAACACCCGUUCCACGGAAGACGGGACAAAGACUCGCUCGUUCCAGCACAUCUUCGAUGAACUCUCCGCCGCUCUGCGCAUCCAUCACGAAUGCGGGUCUUACCUGGGCGGCGUCCACCUGGAACUCACCGGCGAUGCGGUCACGGAGUGCACGGGGGGCAGUGAGGGUUUGCAGGAUAAGGAUCUGAGCCAGGCCUAUCACACGUACUGUGACCCGCGACUGAAUGAGAAGCAAGCGUUGGAGCUGGCCUUCUUGGUGGCGGAUAGCCAGCGCGCGAUGGCAUCGAACGAUUACUAA